AUGUCAGACAGAGAAGACAAUGAUUCCGACGCCCCUGAGGAAUUCACAACCGAACAGGGUCUACUACAAGACGAAGAGAUUCAAAAGAUUAAAAGAGAAAAUAUAUCCAGGGUUCUACGUGAAGGAAAAGAGCGCCGGAGAAAAUGGGCCCAAAACAUAACUCCUCGACCAUCUAAAGCUGUUGAAAAAUCUCAAAAAGUAAAAGACUCUGAACCUCACGAAGAACCAAAUACGGCUGACGGAUUUCUUCCUCAGAACAUUGUCCAAAUGCUUGCAGCGCGUGAGAAACAUGUUUUAUUUUCUGAAACUAACGAGGAGAAAGAUGAUGAAACAAAGCCUGCCACUUCAAGGAAGAGAAAAUCGAGGAAGUUAGGUUUGAAACCAGUUAUUUUGAGCGAAAUAGGUCCUCCUCAAUGCUCAAACAGUGCCUUGGAAUUCUUGAAGGAAAGAAAAAUGUCAGUUCCAAGAUCGUCUUCAGUUCUGAACAAUUCCAACCAAGCACUUCGUCUUCUUUCUACUUCAGGGGUGCUUGGCAGGAAAUAA